CUAAAAUAUACAUUACGCAAACUCACAUAUUUAGUACGAAGUACAUACAUGCUUUGAAUGUAUGUGUAAGCGAACAAGUGUCAUGUCCGACAUAUCAUAUCUGUCAUUCUAACCAUUUCUAGUGUUGUGAUUAAAUAAAAUUAUAAACAGUUUUCAUGCCGAAAAUAACGCAACGACGUGAUUUUUUUAAUAUGGAAGAUACAACCGAUAUUAAUGAGGAUGUAUCUGUCAUUGAUGUGUACGAUAUAGCAUCUGAUAUUGGUAAAGAAUGUGAAAAAAUAAUUGAUCAAUUUGGAGCAGAUGCUGUUAAUUCAUUAAUGCCGAAAGUGAUUAAUGCAUUAGAAUUAUUAGAAAACUUGGCAAUGCGAAAUGAACGUGAAAAUAUUACAUUGCAAGAAUUAAAAUCACGUAUAGCACAAUUGGAAACGGAUAAAAUUGAAAAGGCGGAAUAUCGGGAGAGAUUUGAAAAGGAAUUAGAAAUAAUUGACGAACAAUGGCGGAACGAAUCCAAAGAAUUAGUAUCAUUAGUAUCGAGACUGCAAGAAGAAAAUCGAAGACUCGCUAAAAGUUCGACGGAAAGUGACUCAGAUAAAUCAGCUGUAUCAACGCCCACACAAGAAAUCGCAAUGUUGGAACGACUACGGGCGUUGGUUGACAAACAACGUGAUGAACUACGAGCAAAAGAGAAAAUAAUCUUAGAACGAAACGAAGACAUUGAAAAUUUGAGUUCCCAAGUGGAACGAUUAUCAGCAACAACCAGAGAACUUCGACGGAAACAACGAGCGCUACAAACACAAACUCGUACAUUAUGUGAUGAAAGAGCUGACUUUCUUGUUCAGAUGCAAGAUCAACAGCGUGAGUUGAAUGUUUUACGGAAGCGAUUUAAUGUUGCAAGUAAACAAGCUGAAGAUUUAGCAAAAGUACAUUCUGAAAUUCCUGAUCUAUCAAACAAAAUUGUAUACGAUUUGGAUGAUCCAAAUCGACCACGGUUUACAACGACUGAACUUAAAGCAAUAUUCAAUGAACGCAACGAAUUAAAAGCACGCAUAUCAGACUUGGAAGAGGAACUAGAUGGAUAUCGGCCUAAAGAAAAAGUGGAAACCCUUUAUUUUCGUACGCCGGUGGGGCCGUAUGAUAGUGCUGUAGAUGCUUUAACAUCCCUCGAAUUAAAUAAUCAAUUUCCAAUAGAUGAUGAUGCUCCAGUGCAAGGUCCAUUACCAUACGAACCAGAUGACGCUCCAUGGAAAAAAUCAGAAUCAGGGAUCAGAAAAUUUUUUCGGAAGUUAUUUUCCGAGGGGAAUUCCAGUGGGCAAGUUGGCAGAAGUUUAUCCACCCUCAGCAAAUUGGCUUUGUCUGCUAACAACGGCGGCGAUGCCACUGUCUAAAUUGAUACUGCGUCGAGUAUUAACAACAACCCCUCUAAUGUUUGGAUUAGAUAAUGAUAAUUAUAAUCCAAUAAUCCAUUCCAAUUUUUUAAUUGAUUUAGCAGGAAAUUUGGAUUUAUUUUGAUAAAAAAAUUUUUUUAAUUCUUUACGUACAGAACCAAAUUUCGAGUCUCCUCGCGGAAAUAUUUAAAGGGUUUUGUGUUUUCAUAAACAACGAGUUUCCACACAAUAAUUUUAUGUAUAUUUAAAUAAUUUCGCAAGAGGCUGCGAAGUUGGAUUCAGCACGCAACGAAUAGUGACGUUAUUUAUUUUUAAUUAAGUAUCUUAGUAAAUUUAUAGAUGCAUAUCACCAAUUUUUUUAAAACAUUUCUAAUAAUCAUAGACUUCAUUUUAUAAAUUAAACGCUUCGUUUUUGUUUCGGAUUGAAUUCCAAUAAAAUUUAAUGAAAUAUAUCAGAAAUUUCUGCUGUGGCAGAGUUGAAUCUUGCUUGUCCGAAACAAAAACGAAUGUUAAUUGAAAGGAAAAGGUACGACUCACGUUAAUCAAAUACAGUUACAUUCAAACAGCGUCAAAGUAGUUUAUAGAAUCGAAAUGUUUGGAUGAAAGAUUGUCGUAGUACUUGGUUAAGAUUGAUGUCGCUUAGAACCAAAUUGGUAUAAGAAAAUACUUAACUUUUAUUUAACUUAAUUAAAUUAAUUGUAUUCACGGUUUUGUGAACAGAUCUUGACAUUCAGCCGCUUCUACAAUCGUGCAGGUAGAGGUUUCCACUGACAAAGAAUGAUUGAUUGCAGAAGAGGGAAAUACAUUUACGAAAAUGAUAAUUAAGGAUGCGUCAUUUCGUUAAUGAUACAUUAAAUCGAAAACCUAUAAGGUUUUGCUAUCCAUUUAGAAUUUUAUGCUUUAUAGUCUAUUCUAUAGAAUCACUGUAUUUUUCAAGACAGUCAUUAUGAGAUGAAGUGUCAUACACAAGAUGUUUUGAUCGAAAACCGAAAACAUUCAAUAUGAAUUCUAACUUUAAAAUUUGUCAAUAUCUGUUCACACGACUCUGUCACGACAUGCCACAAACAUUUAUUUUAACAAUAAAUUAUAUCGAAUUCUCAUUUUUCAUCCAAUAGUGAUAGAAAUUUUAAUUUAUAGAAAAUUUU